CAUGUCUUCCACACUCAGACGCUCGCUGGAACGCAGUGUCUCUGCAUGUCUGCAACGCGGGACACGGAAGGCACUGCCCAUUGCUCGCCACGUACGACAUAUACACCCACUUGCGGCGGACUGGAGCGGACUCGGACAUGCGCAUCCGGUGACGGCGAAUUUAGUCCCCAUUGUGAUUGAGCAGACUGGUAGAGGGGAGCGAAGCUAUGACAUUUUCUCUCGAUUACUCAGGGAGAGAGUAAUUAUGCUAUACGGACCGAUCAGGGAUACGGAUUCCGCAUUGAUUGUCGCGCAGCUACUGUUCCUGGAGGCGGAGGAGACGUCCAAACCUAUUCACGUGUACAUCAAUUCGCCAGGUGGUAGCGUGACUGCCGGCCUUGCGAUUUACGAUACUAUGCAAUAUGUGUCGUCGCCUAUUCACACAUACUGCGUCGGACAAGCAUGCUCCAUGGGCUCCCUGCUUCUCGCUGCAGGUGAGAAGAGCAAACGACAUGCGCUUCCACAUUCGAGCAUCAUGAUUCACCAACCUUCCGGCGGAGCGUCCGGCCAAGCGAGCGAUAUAGCCAUACACGCGAAAGAGAUUCUGAGGGUACGUGAGGUGCUCACAGGAAUCUACCAGAAGCACUGCGCGCGCGAGGGAGAGAGUGUCCAGGAUGGAUUGAAUAGAUUCCAGACCGCGUUGGAACGGGACUACUUUAUGACGGCCCAGGAGGCACUAGAGUUUGGGAUUGUAGACAGGGUACUCGAGAAACGUUCCAAGAUGGAAAAUGUCUAGUCGGUCCUCCUGAAAAGCACAGUCUUAGGGCCCGUCAGAAUAGGUAUCUUCCGUGCAUUGACCAGUAUGCAUUUU